AUGAGUGAGAACGUGAAUUGGGAAGAAAUUUUAGGAAUGAAGAUUAAUGAAUUAGACGAUAAAAAGUGUAAGACUAUUGUUGAAAAUUCUAAUAUUAUUCAAAAAAUUAAUGAAAUAAUCCAUAAUAAUUUAACAGUUUGUGUUGGUCAAUUUAUUUAUCAAUUAGCUAGUGAUGAAAAGUGUGAAUUAUUAGUAAGAACACUUAUUCCUUCAUUAUUAUAUCGAGUUCUUUGUUCACCAACACCUGAUAUUAUGGCUGCAUUUAUUCGAGUUUAUAAUGAACGAUACAAACAUUUAACAAAAGAGAGUUAUAACUAUCCUUUUAUGUCUAAUCUUUCAGUAUUUUAUAAACCGACUGUAAAUAAGAGUAGUUCUAAAUUAACAAAACAAAGUCUUAAUAACCUUGAAAUAAUAGAAAAACAAAGUCAAUUAGAUGAAUUACUUCAUGAUGUGACAUCACUUAAUAUGAGUAAUGAAGAAAUGGAUUUAAUGUUAGCUUUUCUUAUUCGAGAUUUUGGUAAAUUACUUGUCAAUGAAUCAAAUUGUGUUCAUCAAAUUUAUCUUCGUAUUAUUCAGGAGAUUAUUUUAUUUUAUUCUCAAAAAACAUGGAAUUUAAGUCAAUAUUUAACUAUUGAAGUUGCAAUGACAUUAAGUUAUCUUAUUGAUGAUGAAGAUUCAUCAUUAUUUAAGGAGGUAUUUAGUCAGUGUAUGGAUUAUGCACAAAUAAGUAAUAAUUUUUCAAUGUUAUUGAUAUUAACUCAAUAUGAAGAAUAUCUUACAUUACAUACUCAUUAA